UGAGACAUAGUCAACGAACGAAACUACCCUUCUCACUUUCUUUCUGCUUUCUCUAUAAAUACCCCCCAAACUCCUAACUUCCUAGGCAUAACUAACAACUCUUCUUUCUCACUCAUUUCUCUUUCUCUCUCUCAAAUCUUGAAGUUAACUGAAUUGCGUGAAACCUUGAACAAGAAAAUCUUGAACCCUACUUUAUAAUCGGUACAUGCCGAGAAAAGGAAUGAGGACUAUCUUCUUCAAGCCUUCACCUUCAAGUUCUCCAAUUUCUCCAAUGCGAUCACCACCCCAUCGCCUUACUUUGUCUGAUACAUUCAUGGAUGAAAAAAUAGACAAUGCCCAGAUACUCAUUUCUAAAUGGGACCCUGAUUCCUCUUCUUCUUCCAAUUACUGCAACAUCACUUCUCUUUUUACUGAGGACCGCCUCGAAGCCAAACAAUACCUCAACUCUAUCAGAGAACUACAGUCUGCUAUGCAGUACUACAUAACAGAAAACCCCGCUUCUGAAAAACUCAUUACAGCUCAAAAUCUCAUGCAAGUCGCCAUGAAAAGACUCGAAAGAGAGUUUUACCAGAUCUUAAAGUUUAAUCGGGAUUAUCUUGAUCCAGAAUCAGUUUCGAGUCACUCUUCUAGAGCGUCAAGGUCGAGUGUUUCCGAUUUUGAAGAUGAAUCGGAGGACGAAUCGUCGAGAUUUGGUGAUUCGGUAUCGGAAGUUGAGCGAGUUUCUAUGAUGGCUAUGGCAGAUUUGAAAGCUAUUGCAGAUUGUAUGAUUUCUUCUGGUUAUGGAAGAGAGUGUGUUAAGAUUUAUAAAAUUGUUCGAAAAUCGAUUGUUGAUGAGACUUUGUAUCAUCUCGGUGUUGAGGGAUUGAACUUCUCGCAGAUUCAGAAGAUGGAUUGGGAAGUACUGGAAAUUAAAAUCAAAAGCUGGUUAUAUGCAGUAAAGGUGGCGGUUAAGACAUUGUUCAAUGGAGAGAGAAUUCUCUGCGAUCAUGUCUUCUCUGCUUCUGGUUCGAUGAGAGAAUCUUGCUUUGCAGAAAUUACGAAAGAAGGUGCUCUGGGCUUGUUUGGAUUCCCGGAAAAUAUAGCAAAAUGCAAGAAAUCUCCUGAGAAAAUGUUCCGUAUUCUUGACCUCUACGAAGCAAUAGCCGAUCUCUGGCCUGAGAUUGAAUCCAUUUUCAACGAUGAAUCAACGUCCACCGUCCGAUCACAAGCAGUUAACUCUUUAAUCAAGCUCGGCGAAGCUGUCCGCACAAUGCUAACCGAUUUCGAAUCGGCAAUUUCGAAAGACAAUUCGAAAACGCCACCUGGAGGUGGGGUCCAUCCUUUAACAAGAUACGUGAUGAACUAUAUUUCUUUCUUAUCCGACUACAGCGGCAUAUUAUCUGAUAUAGUCGCCGAUUGGCCUUUAACGAACCAGUCACCAUUGCCAGAGUUUUACUUCGGCAGUCCUGAGCAUCAGGAUGGCAAUUCCUCGGCGAUUUCCCUAAGGUUAGCUUGGCUUAUCCUCGUUUUGCUGUGCAAACUCGACGGCAAAGCUGAGCUUUACAAAGACGUGGCUCUUUCUUAUCUGUUUCUAGCUAACAAUCUUCAAUACGUAGUUGAAAAAGUCCGUACAUCGAGCUUGAAAUUCCUCAUCGGCGAUGAUUGGAUAGUGAAGCACGAAGCUAAAGUGAAACAGUACGCCUCAAAUUACGAGCGGAUCGGAUGGAACGAAGUUUUCGCUUCCUUGCCGGAGAAUUUGAAGGCAGCGAUGACGGUUCACCAAGUAGCAGAGCAUUUUAAGAGAUUUAAUUUCGCUUUCGAGGAGUUGUACAAGAAGCAGAUUUCAUGGGUGGUGCCGGACUCGAAAUUGAGAGACGAGAUUAAAGUUUCGUUGGCGAGUAAGCUAGUGCCGGCGUAUCGGGGAUUUUACCAGAAGUUUCGAGCGGCAGUUAAUAGGGAGUUUGGAAGUAAUUCAGGAAUUGUCAGAUUUGGCCCCGAUGAUUUGGGAAAUUACUUAUCCGAUUUGUUCUUUGGAACUACCGGAGGUCCAGGAAGCGUUUCUUCGGGUUCUUCAACGCCGUCGUUUUCUUGGUCUCUAGGUGGGAAGAGUCAUUGAAGUCGGAAGGGAACAUUUUAAGCGCGUGUCUUUUUAUGUGCAUUUAAAAAAGAGGGAAAUAUGUAUACGAAUAAAACACAAGGAGGCGUGUACAUUUUUGACAGGUGCAUCCGUUAGCGAAAUGAAUGACCGUUGAAAAGAGAUAUUGUAAAGAAAUACAAAAUAAUAAUAAAAAUUCUUUGAAGUUUUUAAUGUCAUUAAA